ACUAUUAUUUGUCUUUCCCGUAGACAAGACAAGAACAUGGAUCCUUCAGCUGCCUAUGAUUUGCUGGUGGACGGUGUCCAGGACUGGGAUCUUACCGGUGACUCUGUUCCUUGUGAGCUGCUGCUCAUUGGCGAGACUGCCUUCCCAGUGCUGGUGAACCCCCAGGGGCAGGUCCUGAUCGCCGCCUCACAGUAUGGGAAGGGCCGGAUGGUGGUCGUCUCUCAUGAGAGCUACCUGGGGAGCCCCAAGAUGGCUCGGUUCCUACGCAAUGCUGUGGGUUGGCUCAGUCCCUCCCCAGGAGCAGUGGUUGGUGUCCAGAAGAGCUUGAGCUCCCUGCUGAGUAUUCUCAGUAGUUCUGGCACCCGAGUGCAGCCCAGUGAGGAGCUCAUUGCCUCAUUUGGGGUUUACUGUAUGGAUGCCUAUGAUGCUGCACAGGGGAGGGAGCUGAUCCAGUUUGUGAAGAGAGGAGGAGGUCUGCUCAUUGCGGGUCAGGCUUGGCACUGGGCCUCUGGACACAGAGCAGAGAGAGUGCUGUUUGAUUUCCCUGGGAACCACGUAACCAGUGUGGCUGGCGUUUAUUUCACUGAUAUAUACGGUGAGACGGGGAUCUUUAGUGUCUCAGACAAAGUGCCUGCAAUUCCCUUGAUCGCUCCGUGA